AUGUUCACGAAAGUGACUAAUAAGGCUCCGGUUCUAGUACAGGACAGUAAGACGGCUGUCAGUGUAGACAUUAAUGAGGCUCCGGUCCUAGUACAGGACAGUACGACGGUUGUCAGUGUAGUCACUAAUGAGGCUCCGGAUCUAGUACAGGACAGUACGACGGUUGUCAGUGUAGUCAUUAAUGAGGCUCCGGUUCUAAUACAGGACAGUACGACGGUUGUCAGUGUAGUCACUAAUGAGAGUCUGGUUCUAGUACAGGACAGUACGACGGUUGUCAGUGUAGUCAUUAAUGAGGCUCCGGUCCUAGUACAGGACAGUACGACGGUUGUCAGUGUAGUCACUAAUGAGAGUCUGGUUCUAGUACAGGACAGUACGACGGUUGUCAGUGUAGUCACUAAUGAGAGUCCGGUUCUAGUACAGGACAGUACGACGGUUGUCAGUGUAGUCACUAAUGAGGCUCCGGUUCUAGUACAGGACAGUACGACGGUUGUCAGUGUAGUCAUUAAUGAGGCUCCGGUCCUAGUACAGGACAGUACGACGGUUGUCAGUGUAGUCACUAAUGAGAGUCUGGUUCUAGUACAGGACAGUACGACGGUUGUCAGUGUAGUCAUUAAUGAGGCUCCGGUCCUAGUACAGGACAGUACGACGGUUGUCAGUGUAGUCAUUAAUGAGGCUCCGGUCCUAGUACAGGACAGUACGACGGUUGUCAGUGUAGUCAUUAAUGAGGCUCCGGUCCUAGUACAGGACAGUACGACGGUUGUCAGUGUAGUCAUUAAUGAGGCUCCGGUCCUAGCACAGGACAGUACGACGGUUGUCAGUGUAGUCAUUAAUGAGAGUCUGGUUCUAGUACAGGACAGUACGACGGUUGUCAGUGUAGUCACUAAUGAGGCUCCGGUUCUAGUACAGGACAGUACGACGGUUGUCAGUGUAGUCAUUAAUGAGGCUCCGGUCCUAGUACAGGACAGUACGACGGUUGUCAGUGUAGUCAUUAAUGAGGCUCCGGUCCUAGUACAGGACAGUACGACGGUUGUCAGUGUAGUCAUUAAUGAGGCUCCGGUCCUAGUACAGGACAGUACGACGGUUGUCAGUGUAGUCAUUAAUGAGGCUCCGGUCCUAGCACAGGACAGUACGACGGUUGUCAGUGUAGUCAUUAAUGAGGCUCCGGUCCUAGUACAGGACAGUACGACGGUUGUCAGUGUAGUCAUUAAUGAGGCUCCGGUCCUAGCACAGGACAGUACGACGGUUGUCAGUGUAGUCACUAAUGAGAGUCUGGUUCUAGUACAGGACAGUACGACGGUUGUCAGUGUAGUCAUUAAUGAGGCUCCGGUCCUAGUACAGGACAGUACGACGGUUGUCAGUGUAGUCACUAAUGAGGCUCCGGUCCUAGCACAGGACAGUACGACGGUUGUCAGUGUAGUCACUAAUGAGAGUCUGGUUCUAAUACAGGACAGUACGAAGGUUGUCAGUGUAGUCACUGAUGAGAGUCCGGUCCUAGCACAGGACAGUACGACGGUUGUCAGUGUAGUCACUAAUGAGGCUCCGGUCCUAGCACAGGACAGUACGACGGUUGUCAGUGUAGUCACUAAUGAGAGUCUGGUUCUAAUACAGGACAGUACGAAGGUUGUCAGUGUAGUCACUGAUGAGAGUCCGGUCCUAGCACAGGACAGUACGACGGUUGUCAGUGUAGUCACUAAUGAGAGUCUGGUUCUAGUACAGGACAGUACGACGGUUGUCAGUGUAGUCACUAAUGAGGCUCCGGUUCUAGUACAGGACAGUGACCAUGUUACGGUGUCAGUGUCUUGGGACAAGAACAGUCAGGAUAGUAUGUUGACAGGUGUCCUACGUGACAGGUGUCCUAUGGGACAGGAACAGCCAGGCACCUGGAUCUGUUGCAUGAUGCAUCAAAAUAAAGUACAACCCAAACCUCCUCCGUCACGUGACCCUAAUGGCCUAAACAAACAUAUCACGAUCCACUUUCAUGACAUUCUAGCUGAGCAGAAAUCACCAGAGAGCCUCGAUAUCGUUUGGGACUGUUCGGAAAUAUGUUACUCAUGUUGUUCGACUCUUUGUUACGGUCUCCUCACCGUCUUUACUGGUCCAUGCAUCGCCAGCGCUUGGGCCUGCCAGUUUGCCUACAUCGCCUUUGCGCAUGUCUGGUGCCUUAGUCCAAUCCUACUGAACACGAGGCUUUGUAUGUUCGACUGUUUACAGCGAUGUGUUCGGUAUGUACUAAACUGCUGUAUUGUACCAUGGACAAACGCAUGCGGAGGCUUUUUCCAUCUGUGUCCAGUGAAACGGAAACCCGCUCCAGAACCACAGGAAGCUCCACCUCCGCAGCUCAUUAUUAUACCCCCCAAAAAGGAUGUUUCUAAAACUAUACAGCGACAACUGGCUCUAUUCUUACGAUAG